AACAGUAUUUAAGGCUGCUUUUAGCUUUAUUUUUACUGAAGAAAAUCACCCUACAGUGUGUGCUGUAACCCAAGCAGCUUCAUAAGUAUGUGAUGCAGCACACUGAAGAGUUGUAAUGUCUUUAGCAGUAGGUUCAGUUCUGCUUUGUUAAUGGGGCAGAAGCUGUCAGCAUCAGAAUUGGCCCGCCAGUCAGUUCAGGUCUGAUCCAUGACUGAGUACUACGAGGAGGGGGGGCUGCUGUACGAGCAAUCACCUCCCAUGCACAUCAAAGUGGAGUCUCCGGAGGGACCCUUUGGAGGGGGAGCCUCAGAGAACGGCUUCCCCAGGGAGGAUGAGGACUCGGACGGCAGCUGUGACCAGAGCAGUGGACUGCCUGGGGGACUGCCCUUCAACGUGGUAGUGGUGCAUCCCAACAUCAUGGCACCCGGCAUGUCCUCAGACGACCUGCUGUCCAUCGAACAAAACAGAGCUAUGUCAGCUGCACUGGCUGCUGGUGGUGCAGGAAAAAGAAAGAGUCGAUUCAGUGGAGCAGAGCUGGAAGUUCUGGUGUCAGAAGUCACCCGGUGUGAAGGAGAGCUCUUCGGUCCUGCUGGGAGGCUCCGGCGACGGGAGAGAGAGCGCAUCUGGGCGGGAAUCCUAGAGCGAGUCAACGCUGUGUCCAGAGUCCCACGCACACUGCGGGAGGUGAAGAAACGCUGGGACGACUUAAAAAGGCGCAACGGAGGCAGGCUGGCUGAUGCUCGCCACCGCAGCUGUUACCUGCCCUCCAGCAGAGGAGCCUCAAUGCUUGGACGCCCUUCUCAGCCAAGCCCCAGGCUUCAGCAAGCGAGGCAGAAACAAAGCACCAGGCCAAAGCCCAGUUUCACAUGCUUUCCUGACUCUGAUACAGGUGUAGGAGUGGAUGGAUCGGAGAGAGAUGGUCUGGAGAAAGAUGAGGACAAUCCUGAGCGGGAGAGAGACAUGGGGGAACCUGAGUGUGAAGCAGUCGAGAACAGCAUGGAGGACAAACUGGGAUUAGGACUCGGUUUAGGAAUAGGACCGCCUCCUCCAUCAGAGCGAUGGCUGCCUCCCUCCCCUCUCUACAGUGCUCCUUUUCUCAACGGCAGCCCUCAGCCCAGCAGUCCUCAGCCAUCACUUGGAGCACAGCAGGGUCCUCUUGAAGCCCCUCCACACAGCUCCUGGCUGGAGGAUGAGCUGCGAGGGUUAGGGGAAGCUGCAAUUCAGCUGGGAAAUCGGGUUGAAAAGAGUCUACGGGAGUUCGGAGAAGGUUUCCGACAGGACAUGAGAACACUUGUCGCCUCACAAGAGGCAUUAGCAGUCAGUCUACAACAAAACAAUGUCCUCUUGCAAAGGCUGUUAGGAGUGCUUGAGGCCCAACAACAACCGCAGCCGCAGCAACAACGCAUGCAACAAGUGCACCAAUCACAAACAUCUCAACAGCACUUACAGCCCCAGCCUGCUCAGCAGCAGCUGCAACACAUAGAGCCACAGCCACAGCGGAUCGAGACGCCUCAGCAGGCGCAGCUAAAACAACAGCAGUCACAUGUUGUACAGCAACAGUCACAGCAGCACCAAACACAAAUACAACAGCAACCGCAGGCCACCCAGCACUCGAAUAAUAGCAGUGUACCUGCAAAAUCAUCUCCAGACAUACACAGCACUUUUCCCUCUGAUCCACCUACAGACACAAAUGGAAGUGUGCAGAGGCCACGGCGAGGACGAGCUGUCGACCACAGGCGCAGAAGACGACGCUGAGGAGAAUGUAUUUAAAAACUCAAACUGUAUAUCCUGCAUAUUUGAUGUUUCAAAAUGUGACAGACAAAAAUGAUGCUUUUUUUCUACUGACAGUAUUUCUGUAAAAAAUAAAUAAAUAGUUUUUUUGGAGUUUUACGUCCCACUCCAAAUUAGUAAUCCAUCUGGCACUUUGGCUUGUACUCAGAAAGGACUGAAGUGGAUAAGAAAAUUAGAAAUGUGAGAUCAUAGGGUGGCCUUAACAUUAGCUUGGUUCCUCAGACAUGCGUACAUACUCUUGUGCUUAAAGACUCUCGGAAAAACAGUUGUUCUGUGCAGUGACAGCUUCACUCAUGAGACUUUCAAUACUCAGAAAAGUGAUAUACUGUAGGUGCUGAUGUUCAAUAUGCAUGUCUCUGUACAUGAUUUGCAGCAGAGCUGCAAAGCUCAAUGAUGUUCUCACUAGUUCAGUACUGACUCACUGCUCCUGAUACAAUAACUACAUUGCCAUAAAGUACUUGUAAUCUGCAGUUAUUACCAUAUAUUGUAGUUAUACUGAUGUUGUAAUUACCUGCUAAUGUCUGCUUGUGCUUUUUUAACAGUUUCAUGGUAAGUACUUUUCCAACUUUUGGUUGGACAAAAAAGUUAGACUGUGUUCUGUUAAAUGCGUUUUGAGACAAAAAUAUUAUAUUUUAAAGAAUUGAGAAUUUUUGGAGAUAUGAAAAACAAACAAAAAAAAACCCUCCUGGCAUAAACAUCACAGUAUGCUACUUCAAUUCAUAUGUUUAUGGUGGAAUUUCUAAGCAUACAUAGGUAUGUAGGGGCUAUUUAUGAUAAUCUUGCAUGUGGUAUCAUGGAUGUGUUUGUAAAUAGUUGCAAAGAAACAGCAUAUGGCCAUCAUAACGUAGUUUUGCACAAGCUAUAUUUUGUAGAUAGCUACUGUUCUGAUGAAAUGUAACUAAACUUAAUAAAACACAGACAUGGACUGCAAAUGAAA